AUGCAAGCACGGGGUGCACCGGUUCCACCGAUCAAGCGUUUACCCAGUCUCUUGCUCGCAGGCGAAACAGUGAGCGAAGAAGACGAUGCCUUCGUUCGCUGGGUGCACCAUGUACGUCGCCUCAGCAACAUGUUUUCUCUAAGGGCCAGUGUCAAUGUGGCUGAUGUGCGUCUCGAAGGCAAGCUUCGGUAUGAUUAUACCAAGUUUAAGGUUAUAGGCCAAUUGCGCAAUCGCACGCGCUAUGCUUCGGCUACUAAGGUAGCCGCGAGUUCUGAUCAGUCUGUGGCCAACAACCCGCCAACCCGCACCACUAGUGGUGGGAAACGGCCUCGGUCUCGAGAUGACCAUGACCACGAUGCUCAAAAGCAUUCAAAGCAUAAGGACAGUCUUACCGAAGAGGUAUCUCAAACUGCCAUGAGUUCUUAG